AUGAGUGGAGCCAAAGUGACGGUGGCAGGAAUCUCCAUCAUUCUUGUGGUGGGGGUUGUGGUAGCUCUUAUAGCCGGCGCUACUCACAGAGGUGGUAGCGGCGCCGGCGGUAAUGGUGAUGAUGAGCUUUCGACUUCGUCUAAGGCUGUGGCCGCCAUUUGUAGGCCAACAGAUUUCAAGAAAGCGUGCGUUGAGAGUCUUGGUGGGGCUGCAAACAAUGCGACGGCCACACCAAAGGACCUCAUCGAAGCAGCUAUCAACUCAACCAUCCAACACGUCAUGCUUGCCAUAGAGAAGUCCUUAACCAUGUCCCAGAACACCACCUCGGCCCCUCAAAAAAUGUCCCUCGAGGACUGCAAGGACUUGUUGGAUUUCGCCGUGGACGAGCUCCAGGCCUCGUUCUCCACGGUGGGUGACUCAGACUUGCACACCGUCAAGGACAGGGAAGCCGAGCUGAUGAACUGGUUGAGCGCGGUCAUCUCGUACCAGCAGACCUGCUUGGACGGAAUCCAGGAGCCUGAACUCAAGACAGACAUGACGAACAAUCUCUUGGACGCAUCCGAGAUGACGAGCAACGCGUUGGCUAUUAUUUCCGCAAUUUCCAACAUCUUGGGAGCGUUCAAUAUCAACUUUAAUAAUCUCACCAGUCAUUUCAAUCCAACUUCGACCGUGUCUCGACGACUUAUGGAGGCGCCCGAGGAUGACAACAGCUCGUAUCCGCAGUGGCUUUCGGCUGCGGAUAGGAAGCUGUUGGCUACCCGUGGAGGUGGUCAAUUGAGGCCGAACGCUGUGGUGGCUAAGGAUGGGAGCGGACAGUACAAGACCAUUGCUGCUGCUCUUGCUGCCUACCCUAAGAACCACAGGGGCCGGUAUGUGAUUUACGUGAAGGCCGGGAUCUACGAUGAGUACAUUACGGUUACAAAGGAACAGGUCAAUGUGUUCAUGUAUGGAGAUGGACCUCGGAAGACCAUCGUGACUGGGAGAAAGAGCUUCAGGGAUGGAGUGUCCACGUUCAAGACCGCCUCAUUUUCUGCGAUUGGAAAUGGUUUCAUAGCGAAGUCGAUGGGAUUCCAGAACACAGCAGGGCCAGAGGGACAUCAGGCAGUGGCACUGCGAGUUCAAUCAGACAUGGCAGCCUUCUACAACUGCAGAAUGGAUGGAUACCAAGACACAUUAUACACUCAAGCACAUCGACAGUUCUACCGCAACUGCGUGAUAUCAGGAACCGUUGAUUUCAUCUUCGGAGACGCAGCAGCGGUGAUCCAGAAUUCUCUAAUCAUCGUGAGGAAGCCAGCGGACGGGCAGAAGAACGCGGUGACGGCUCAAGGGAGAGCGGACAAGAGGGAAACGACGGGGAUCGUGAUCCAGAACUGUAGGAUUGUACCGGAGCAGAAGCUGUUUAAGGAGAGGUUCAAGUUCCCAACCUACUUGGGUAGGCCAUGGAAGCAGUACUCGAGGACGAUCAUCAUGGAAUCCACCAUUGGAGACUUGAUUCAGCCAGCUGGGUGGAUGGAGUGGAAUGGAAACUUUGCUCUGGACACUUUGUACUACGCAGAGUUCGCCAACCGCGGACCAGGGGCUAGCACUCACAGAAGAGUGAGAUGGAAAGGGUACAAGGUCUUGACUAACAGGCAUGAGGCUCAGCAGUUCACUCCCGGUCCUUUCCUCCAGGGAAAUCUUUGGUUGAGAUACACUGGUGCACCUUACUUCCUUGGCUUCAAACCCUAAACAUAAUCAUACUUAUGAUUUAUAUUAUUCUAAUUAACCGAUUGCUAGUAGU